ACACUUACAAAAAACGUAAAUAAAAGCAGAUUCCAUUAUGAAUCAGCCGAAUCCUAUGAUUCUCAAUAAGGACUGCUUCUGGCAGCUGGUGGGGAUCAGCACAGGCCUCAAAAUACUACUCAUUCCCGCCAACCAUUCCACGGAUUUUGAGGUGCACCGCAAUUGGCUGGCCAUCACGCAUAAUCUACCGCUGAAUCGCUGGUACUUCGAUGAAACAAGCGAGUGGACACUAGACUAUCCGCCAUUCUUUGCGUACUUCGAGUGGCUGCUGUCGCAGGUGGCGAAGUACAUCGAUCCGCGUAUGCUGAUUGUGGAGAACCUCAACUAUGAGUCAAAGGCCACAUUGUACUUUCAACGGCUCUCGGUUACGGCCAUGGACCUCGUCUAUGUCUUGGGCGUGCGCAGCUGCAUGAGCGCCUUGGGCGUUGUCAGGGGCAGCCAACAGUUCUUUGCCGGCAAUCUGAUGCUGCUGCUCAACGUCGGCCUCAUCUUCAUCGAUCACAUACACUUCCAGUACAAUGGCUUCAUGUUCGGCAUACUGCUGCUGAGCAUUAGUGCCCUGCUGCGACAGCGUUACCUCUGGAGUGCCUUUACCUUUGCGGUUCUGCUCAACUUUAAGCACAUUUUCCUGUACUUGGCGCCGCCCUUUGGUGUCUACUUGCUGCGCUUCUACUGCCUGGAGCAGGCCAGCGCGCAGGGUGGCUCCUUUUGGCGUUGUCUCCUCAAGCUGCUGGCCGUCGGACUCUCGCCUUUUGUCGUCUCCUUUGGCCCCUUUUGGCAGCAGUUGCCGCAGCUGAUGUCCCGCCUGUUCCCCUUCAAGCGGGGCCUCACCCACGCCUACUGGGCACCCAACAUUUGGGCGCUGUACAACACCGCCGACAAGAUGGCCGCCAAGCUGCUGCAGACCGGGCCCAGUGCGGGGCCAACGACCACAUCGGGCCUCGUGCAGCAAAUCGAACACGAAGUGCUGCCCACCAUCACACCGUCCAUGACCUUUGGCCUGACCAUCGCCUUUAUGCUGCCCAUUCUGCUGAAGCUCUUCAAGAGCUCCAAGAAGCAAAGUCCUUUGAUGUUUCUGCGUGCUGUGGUGCUGUGUGCCUGCUCCUCGUUCAUGUUUGGCUGGCAUGUGCACGAGAAGGCCAUACUGAUGGUGCUCAUACCACUAUGCCUGCUGACCUUGGUGAAUCGUGAGGAUGCCAGGCAUGCCUAUGUACUGAGCAUUGCUGCUUACUUUUCGCUCUUUCCGCUGCUCUACGACGUGGACUUGUAUGUGCCGCGCUACUCGCUCUACUUGUCCUACAUGGCCAUGCUCUAUGGGCAGCUUUAUCGCAUGUUUGCGGGCUUCAAAGGCUUCCACUGGCUGGAGUGGACAUAUAUGCUGGGCUUCAUGGCCAUACCGCUGUACGAGCACGUGCUCAGUCACCUGUUGGGCCUGGACAAGCGACUGCCCUUCAUGCCGCUGCUGCUGACAUCCACCUACGCGUCCCUCGGCGUCGUUUACUUCUUUGGGCGCUACUACAUGUAUGCCAUGGGCCUCAACUGGUGGCCCCAGGGGGCUGCCAGCAAGGCCACUGCCACCUACUCCUCGUCUGCCAAGCGAAAGCGUAAAACCAAAUAAACGAAAAGACUAGAAAUUCAAUAGAAAA